GGGAAGGUCGCGGCCCCGCCUCUCCCCUCCUUCUCAGACACGCGGAAGCUCAGUGGCCCCCCAUGCCAGGAUGUCUAACACCUGGGUCCCCGGCCUCGUACCCUCCUUGCUGCUCGGCCUGCUGGCCGGCUUCCAACAGGCUGCAGCCACAUGUGGUCUCUUAUUCACCUGCCCUAAAGGAUUCAGAUGCUGUGGUAACAGCUGCUGCCAAGAGUACCAGCCAGAGGUGUAUGAGCUCUUCUCCGGCCCCUUGAGAACCUCUGUCAUCGUCAUCCUGAUCAUCUUGCCACUCUUGUGCGUCUGUGACCUGGCUAAGCGCUUCUGUCGCAAAUGCAGAAAGCCGGAGCAGGACCCCCCGAUGGAUCACGAGGGGACACCGGAACGGCCUUCCGUCGCUCCCCCCGAGAGGGUCAGGGAAUCCAUUUCUGAGCCCCCACCUCCCUACAAUGAGGUGAUUCUGAAGCCCGUACUGGGCCUGCCUCCCAUGGAGCCACCCCCUCCCUACAGCUUCAAUCCUGAAGAAUAUGCCAGGGUACACAGAGGCAUCGACAACCCAGCCUUCUGAGCCCCCUCCUGCCUGGAACCCUGCCAUCAGCCACCUCCUCCCCAAGGCCUCCUGGAUCAAGCCGGAGACUCCGGGGACCCCUGGAAUGCCCCUCAACCCAUGCUGCCACACCUCUGCCAUUUUUGGCUUUAACUUAUUGCCUUGCCUACCCCUGUUCCACACCAGUUACCUCUCUUGUCCCAUGGACUGGUCUGGAGUGAUAGUGUCCACCCCUCACCCCCCAUCCCAAGUUAGAGGCUGCCAGGAGGAAAGCGUGCACAGCUGGAGGUGCCGGGCAGUGGAAUGGGCUGCUCUGAGGAGUGGAGAGAGCUGUGCCUCCGGGAGGUACGAGUCUUGACAGAUGAGAUGUGCUGGAGGGCACUGAUGUACUUUGGGAGGCAGGACUGCUUGAGCUCUGAGCCACCUCCAGUUCUGCCUGAGGAGACCCUAUUGUUUCCCUCCCCUCCCCUCGAGACACGUGUCCUAUUAAAUUUCAG